GUGAUAUUUUAUUAUCAAAAUGUUCAAACUGCUCGCUUUCUUCGCUCUGUUGGCCUGCGCCCUUUGCGCCCCAGCGCCCGAACCCAGAACAGGCCUGCUAACCUACCCGGCAGCACCUUUACCGCUCAGCUACGACUACAGAUAUCCAGCUCUAGCUCCGACUUACAACUACGCUAAAGCGUACGCUUACAGCGGCAACUACGGCUACGCUUACGCUCCGCAAGCUUACAUUUCUCCAACCCAGUAUUACUACAAUGCUGCCCCCUUGGAGUACGUCAUCUAAAAGCGAAGAAAUGGACCGUUUUUUUUUUUUUUUGACUGAUUAGAUUUAGGAGAAAAAAAAAUAAUUGUCAAGUCCGAAAACGAUUAAAACUUCUUUGAAAUAAUUAGUUGUUGUUUUUUUUUUUCAAUACAAAUGUCAAGGAUCGAGAUUGAUAUCCUGGUAUGACCAACCUACAUUAGGACCACUAUUUUAGGCUACCGCUAUUGUUUUUAAACCUGAUUUCAACCACGCCUUUAUA